AUGCUCAGCCUGCCAAACGAUCUGCACCAAGAGGAAGGGAGAGGAAAGCAUUUCCCUGGAGAAGCAGUGUCCAGUGGGCGCUGGAGUGAGGGCGGAUAUUUUGCUUUGGAGGUGAAUGUGUUGGAAAAUUACUGUCCUUGUGCAGUGCCUGUGGGCCUGGGGCAGUGCAGGAGCAGUAUAAAAGGGGGGUGUUCUCUUCGCUCUCUCAUUCACUCCUCUCACCUCCAUCUCCUUGGGAUCAAGGUGCACCUGCAGCCCCAAGACAUGUCCUGCUACAGCCCGUGCCGGCCCUGCCAGCCCUGCGGCCCCACCCCGCUGGCCAACAGCUGCAAUGAGCCCUGUGUCAGGCAGUGCCAGGACUCCACCGUCGUCAUCGAACCCUCCCCUGUGGUGGUGACCCUGCCUGGCCCCAUCCUCAGCUCCUUCCCACAGAACACCGUGGUGGGAUCCUCCACCUCGGCUGCUGUUGGCAGCAUCCUCAGCUCUCAGGGAGUGCCCAUCAGCUCCGGGGGCUUUGGCCUCUCUGGCUUGGGCAGUGGCCUCUGUGGCACGAGGUGCCUCCCCUGCUGAAGCUGCUGCCGCUGGCCCUGGGCAAGGAACCCAGGGACUCCCAGGAUGGAACCGCCCUGGGCACGCAGC